AUGGCAACUAGCAUACCAUACGAUCCAGAAGACUUUGAAAAUAAUAAUCCUUUUGCUGAGCCUGGGCAAGAUUCUCCCACUGUCAACGUGGGGCUCAUGACUGAGGAUGUGGCUGAGCCUGAGGUAAGAGAUCUGACCAGUGGUUUCUAUGGACAUCCUAUCGAAGGCGAAGAAGAGGAACAGCAAGAGGAACAACAAAAAGUACAACAGGAAACCCAGCAAUCCGAGGAAAGUGGCAAUGGUAAGUUAGUGGAAGAAGAUCUUAAAAAACUUCUUCCUGAACGUUUCACGAACAAGUAUCUGAUGAGAAUCCACCUCCGUGAGAUCGAAGAAAACAAGCCAAAUAAUCCAAUUCUCAGGUUUGAUGCAUCCGUAAGAGGAUUGCCCAAAUUCAGGGAGAAGACUUAUAAAGACAUCAGACGGACGUAUAAUGAGGUCCAUAAAUUCAACGAGUACUUGAUUGUAUCUAACCUUGAGGUGUUCGUUCCGGUGAUUCCAAGUCCGGUCACCUCCUAUCCUGCUGGCGGGGAGGAUGAGAGAAAGCAACAGUUGUACAACUGGCUGGAAUGGUUUAGCAGAAUCACGCGAAACCCUAUUUUGGUGAGGGACGAGGAAUUCGUCUAUUUCAUCGAAAGCGACUUUGGCUACUCUGUUAUCAACUCAAACCGAAAGCACCUGGUUGCUAGCGGGCUCGUGAGAAAGACUAUGAAACAAUUGCCCACUCCUUAUGACCCUUAUCAGGAACUAGCUACUUUCCGUCCAGUAGUCAAGUCUGCUUAUUUGUUAUGCCAGCGAUUGAACAAAACCAUGGAUAAGAACCAUAAGCAGGAGCGCCAACUUCUGACAAAUAUCAGCGAACUAGGCACUAAGCUUAGAGGUCUUUCUCAAUUUGAAACUGUGCAUCCUGGAAUGCGUAACUUGUGGGAAAAACUCUCUAAAGUAACUCAAUUUCAAGCCGACUUGUUACUUAUCAAGCUGAUAAGUGACAUGGGAUCUCUUGGAGAUGGCGCUAGGACAAUGAGUGCUGACUUUUUCGAAAUCAAGGAGGCUCUAACUAACCGUUAUCUCAUUAUGAGAGAGCUAAUACAGGCUGAAGCACACACUAAAGCCAAGCAUGUACAAGCUACUAAAAUCAAAAGCAAGGCAUCAUUGGAUCCUAUCAGAGCCGAAGAGGCCAUUCGCACGCUUGAGUUCGCUCAAAAGUCAGAAGAAAGCCUCCACAUGCAAGUGAAGAGAAUAUCCGGUGAAAUGAUGUUUGAGAGGAAAGAAGUGGUAGACUUUACGGAGAAGAAGAUGAAGACCCUCCUAAAACAAUUCACGCUUAAUAGGGUGGAACAACACCGUAAGCUCUUGAAUCAUUUUGAGAAGAUCAGACUUGAUGUGAGAAUAAUUGACGAGAACGGAGGUUUGUCUCGGUUGAACCGAGAACACCUAAGUCAAAUGAAGCAUAACCUAGCACAGUCGCAGGGUGCCAAUGGUGAUCUAUGGAGCUCACGUAAGUUCCGAAGUCUUACUCAGCAGCAAGCGGAAAAAGAAGAAGGGCUCAAAAAUAAGGCUGAUAUUGAUCCUAGCUCGAUUGAUGCCAAGAAAGCAGCGUCUAUGCUCGGGACGUCUACAUUUUAG